GGCGGCUCCAACGUGCAGUCAGUCUCCAAGUGAGCAAGUGAGAGUUAUCUCGGCCAUUACCUAACCUAAGCGUUCUCCUGUGUCGUGCGUUUUCCUGUGCCCGUGAUUUUUUCGGGGAUGUGUGUCUAGUGUUUCGGGUGUGCGUCUUUAAUGCGUCCCGUGUCCCGGUGCGAAGCGACUGAGUGUUCCGGUGGUGUUGCCAGUGGUUGAGAUUGUUUGUUGUGCUUCUUCCCGCUCGUUCUCGGAACCAUGGAGGAGUCGCAGAAGAAGGACGCGGCCGCCCAGAAGGAGAAGAUCAAGAGGAUGUUCAGUUGGAGUGACAGCAUAACAGAGGGGAGCAACACAAACACGAUGGUGGACUCGCCGGAUGUGAUAACGAUGGACCCGCGGAACGGGAUUGUGAACCCGGCGUUUCAGCCGCCCUCGCUCAUGUCGCAACAGAGCACCGACUGGACGCGGCGGCAGCAAGCCGUCAGCGUCCGUCACGCAUUCAAACAUUACGGCUCCAAAAAAAAUCCCAACCACGUUCUCAGCAACCUAAACAUGACAGUCGGCAAAGGAACCAUAUACGGGCUAUUAGGUGCCAGUGGUUGUGGUAAAACGACACUUCUCAGCUGUAUAGUCGGACGACGGCGAUUAAACACGGGAGAAAUCUAUGUUUUAGGAGGCAAACCCGGCACGAAAGGGAGUGGCGUCCCCGGAAAAAGGGUCGGCUACAUGCCUCAGGAGAUAGCCUUAUACGGAGAAUUUUCAAUUGCGGAAACAAUGAAAUACUUCGGGUGGAUUUUUGGCAUGGAAACUUCAGAAAUCAACGACAGACUUCAAUUUUUGCUCAAUUUCCUAGAUUUACCCAGUCAAUCCCGGCUCGUCAAAAACCUCAGUGGUGGUCAACAGAGGCGAGUGUCAUUCGCUGUUGCCCUCAUGCACGAUCCAGAACUGCUUAUUUUAGACGAGCCUACAGUCGGUGUUGAUCCACUUCUUAGGCAAAGUAUAUGGAACCAUCUCGUGCAAAUCACGAAGGAUGGAAACAAAACCGUCAUCAUCACGACGCAUUACAUCGAAGAGGCCAGACAAGCGCAUACGAUCGGUCUGAUGCGUAGCGGUCGCUUAUUGGCUGAGGAAUCGCCACAAGUGUUGCUCUCUAUGUACGGUUGCCAAAGUCUUGAGGAGGUCUUCUUGAAACUGAGUAGGAACCAAGGAAAUGACAACACUAACAUUCCAGAAAUCAACAUGUCCAAUAACAUCUCACUCGCCACUCUUGGGUGGGGGAAAAAGGAUGUUUACGUGUCUGAAGAGAGCGGUGUCAUUGGCCUCAACUUCCACCAAUCGAAAGAAAUUUUAAUUCAAGACCAGUCAAAUGGACACUAUGAUGUGAACGGCAAGAAAAUGGAAAUGAUGGGAGAACCAGCUGCUGACUGUGAUGACUGCUCAGCCUGCUGCAAUCUAACAACAAAGGGGAAAACUCGAGCUCUGUUGCAGAAAAAUUUCCUCAGGAUGUGGAGAAACGUUGGAGUUAUGCUUUUCAUUUUUGUUUUACCUGUGAUGCAAGUCAUUCUUUUCUGUCUGGCUAUUGGAAGAGAUCCAACUGGACUUCAUUUGGCCAUAGUUAAUCAUGAAAUGGACUUCAAUAGCUCAUACUGCCCAAUUAACACCAAUUGCACAUUUAGCUACCUAAGUUGUCGUUACCUGAACUCUUUACCGAAUGAUACAAUAAUACAGGAUCACUAUCGAGACGUGGAAAGUGCAAUACAAGCGGUGAAAGUCGGGGACGCAUGGGGAGCACUGUAUUUCACGGAUAAUUUCACAGAUGCCCUUGUAGCUAGAAUGGUGCUUGGCCGUGAUGCAGACACAGAGACACUGGAUCAAAGUGAAAUCAGAGUCUGGCUGGAUAUGUCAAAUCAACAAAUUGGACUCAUGCUGAACCGUGAUCUGCAAAUAUCUUACAGAGAUUUUGCACAAGAUUUAUUGACAUCAUGCGAUCAGAAUCCCAAGCUAGCUGAUAUUCCAAUUCAAUUUAAAGAACCUAUUUAUGGAAGUAACGACCCAAGUUUCACUGACUUCGUCGCUCCUGGUGUUAUUCUGACAAUCGUUUUCUUCUUGGCCGUUGCUUUGACAUCCUCAGCUCUCAUUAUUGAGCGAAUGGAGGGGCUCCUAGACAGAAGUUGGGUUGCAGGAGUUACCCCACUUGAGAUCUUGUUCUCUCACGUCAUCACACAGUUUGUAGUCAUGGUUGGACAAACUGCUCUAGUUUUAAUUUUCAUGAUAGCUGUCUUUGGGGUUGAAUGCAAAGGAAACCUUGUCCUGGUUGUUAUUUUAACUAUUCUUCAAGGUUUAUGUGGCAUGUGCUUCGGUUUUGUCAUCUCAGCAAUUUGUGAACUAGAGAGAAAUGCAAUUCAAUUAGCUCUGGGUAGCUUCUAUCCAACUCUUUUACUCAGUGGAGUUAUCUGGCCUGUAGAAGGAAUGCCAAUUAUUUUACGGUACAUCAGUUUGUGUCUGCCACUCACAAUGGCGACAACAUCGCUGAGGAGUAUCCUCACACGUGGUUGGAACCUCCUUGAACCUGAUGUUUAUAUGGGCUUCAUUUCGACCAUCACCUGGAUUAUUCUCUUCUUAUCUGUUUCCAUGGCAGUUCUGAAAUUCAAGAGAGGUUAGAUCCUACAACAAACCUGCCACGAUUGACCGAAUCCUGAAAGAUUGCUCACUCUCCUAGCCCUUUGUUAUUUGAGUCAUGUUUUCCAAAAGUAAAAAGAAGUUUCAAGUAAAUUUUCAAUUUUGACUUAAGGAGAAAAAUGCAAAAAAAAAAAAAAAAAAAAAUUUGAACAUUUGAAAAUAAGAAAAUAUGCUAUUUAAUAUCAAAGCAAGGUCUUUGAAUCAUUUACUGUAAAUAAUUCCUUCGGAACUCAUUUUAAAUACAAGCAAUUGGAUUUUUGAGGAUGAUAAAGCUGUUUUUGACAAGGGUAUUAGGAUCUGCUCCAAUUUUACAUGAAAAAUUGAAGAGACUUUGUUUAUUGUCUGCGAGCAAAGAAAAGAGCAAGCAAUUAGGAUUUGGAAAGUUGAAUGACUACUGUUAAGCGUAUCACCAUUAAACAUGGGUGCCAGACAAUUUCAUCCUCUUUUUUCUCUUCCUGCAAACCAAAGAAAGGGAAAAAACUGGAAAAGUUGAUGUAAGUAUGUGUAUAUAUUCAGUAGCUACCGGCGCAUAUUCGUUGUAUGUGAUGCUACUCACUUUAUACGUUUGUGAGUCUGUAUUUUGUUAAGUUUGAUGAAAAGUUCGGUUCAGAACAUAAUCAAUUCAUGCCUAAAUUGUGUCUAAAAACCACCAACUUACCUCUUUGAAUUUAGAGAAAUACUGGUGCUUUUUGGACGGAAUUUAGAAUUUGUUAAAGUGAAUAGUACCUAGAGUCAAGAGAAAAAUCAAUGGCACCAAUUGUUAGGUCUAUUAUUCGUACUUACUUAAACUAAGUUCAUCUGAAAAUAAAGAUACUCAAGGAAUUUGUGCUCGUUGAUUUUCUUGCAGUUGGAAUUGUAAUUCAGUGGAGUUACUAAGGUUUUCUACAAUUGACGUGCCAAAAUUUACCAUUCAAUUUAAAUGAUCUUACGAAAAAGAAAAGAUACAGGAGAAAUUCUUGAAGUAAUAAUUUGGCCUUAUCAGUUAAUGUUACACUAUGUAAAGAUAGUGAUGGCGUACAUGAAAUAAAACAUUCCAUCAGCACAAAAAUUUACCCAUGCUACUUUUAAUAAAUUAUUACUGUUUCCUUCUACUCUCGAUGAGCCUACUCAUCAUAAAAAUAAGAUGCAGCACCUCUCUGUACGGUGUGAAUCAACUGAUAAGUUGCUUCAGUUCAGUUAAUUGAAUUCAAAGUUUUUUUCAUAAAUGCUAGAAGCUCAGAUGAAUGAAAACCACUCCAUCUGUAAAACGCCUUGUGAAUGGUGCUUAGAACCAUAAAAUUUUACAGGUGACUCCGUUUUUUCUUUUUCAAUUUUUGCUUCUGAUCGCAUUUUACUGUGUGAUGUUUUGGAGUCUUGAAAAUUAAAAUAGGAAAAAUGCCUUUAAUGUCUGUUUUCUGGAGGAUAAAGUAACUAGUCUCCAAA